CUUCAUUAAGCCAGCAGGCGAAGUGGCUGUGGCUACAGAGGCGGUGGAGACAUGGCCUUUGGUGGUGCCCAGGCUUCCUACAUAAACCCAGUUGUCCCCUUCACUGGGACGAUCCAAGGGGGUCUCCAGGAUGGACACAAGAUCACCAUCAUUGGGACCGUUCUUCCCUCAGGCGGGAACAGGUUUGCUGUGAACCUUCAGACCGGCUAUAGUGACCAUGACAUUGCCUUCCACUUCAACCCUCGGUUUGAAGAGGGUGGGUAUGUGGUCUGCAACACGAAGCAGAGAGGAAGCUGGGGGCCGGAGGAGAGGAAGAUGCAGAUGCCCUUCCAGAGGGGGAGUUCGUUUGAGCUCUGCUUCCAGGUACAGAGCUCGGAGUUCAGGGUGAUAGUGAACAGGAACCUCUUCAUGCAGUAUGCCCACCGCGUGCCCUUCCACCGCAUCGAUGCCAUCUGCAUCACGGGCGUCGUGCAGCUGUCCUCCAUCAGCUUCCAGCCUCCCGGGAUGUGGCCAGCCAACUCGGCUCCCAUUACUCAGACUGUCAUCCACACCAUACACAGCACCCCUGGACAGAUGUUCCCUAAUCCCGUGAUCCCACCCGUGGUGUAUCCCAGUUCGGUUUACCAACUGCCUUUCUUCACCUCCAUCCUGGGUGGGCUGUACCCCUCCAAGAGCAUCCUGGUGUCGGGCACCAUUCUGCCCAACGCUCAGAGGUUCUACAUCAACCUGCGCUCAGGGAGUGACAUCGCCUUCCACCUGAACCCCCGCUUCAACGAGAAUGCGGUGGUCCGCAACACACAGAUCAACGGCUCCUGGGGGUCUGAGGAGCGAAGCCUGCCACGGGGGAUGCCCUUCUUCCGAGGCCAGAGCUUCUCGGUGUGGAUCGUGUGUGAAGGCCACUGCUUCAAGGUGGCCGUGGGCGGUCAGCACCUGUUUGAAUAUCACCACCGCCUGAAGAACCUGCCCGCCAUCAACAACCUGGAGGUGGGGGGCGACAUCCAGCUGACCCACGUGCAGACAUAGACCAGCCCUGCCCUGUGUUGCUGUCUGGAUCUGCUCACCACCCGCAUCUUCCCUGCUUCAGCCCCAGCCCCAGCCCUUCCCAGGCUGCCCAGCAUCUGGGGGCUUUGCUGGAGAGGCCACGACCUUGGCUGGCUCUGCUCCUGGCUGCAGCCGGCACGGAGCGGAGAGGGCAGCUGGCCAGGACUGGGCAGCACCCGGAUCCUACAGAAGACGGGUGGUCCACAGGCAGAAGGCCCUGUUCAGUUCCCGUGGCAGAAAGGGAGGGUCCUGGCCUUCCCAGGCUCCAGGCCUGCAGCCCCACCUGCCUUGAAACCACAUUCCCAUCCCCCAUUCAAGUUCACCUAGUCCGAGUGCCAGCUGUCACUCCGCGUGGGAAGCGGCGUCCUCGACCCCUCCCCUUUCUCCAACCUUGACCCUCUCCCCGCUCUGUUAAAUCUACCCUGCUGACACCCCUCUGGCCCCCACUAAUGGACCGGAACCGUCUCGGCAGGGGGCUGUCCC